AUGGUAGUGCAUAAAAGUAACAAGGGCAUAAGAAAAGGUGACCCUAUUUCACCUUUCUUAUUCUUGUUAGUUGGAGAAGCUCUUACUUUCAUGAUAAAGAAGGCUCAAGAAGAAGGUUUAUUAUCUGGUUUUCAAGCUAAAUCUGAUGGGACAGUUAUUAGUCAUCUUCAAUUUUCUGAUGACACCCUAAUCUUUUUGGAUGCUGAUGUAGAACAAGUUAAGAAUCUCAGAUUAAUUCUCCUUUCUUUUGAGAUGCUGACGGGUUUGAAGAUUGACUUUGCCAAAAGUCAGAUAUUUGGUGUUUGUUUUGAUGGUGAUUUAUCUGUCUUUUCAUCUAUUUUGGGUUGCUACAGUAGUGUUUUUCUUACAAUUUAUAUUGGUUUGCCUCUUGGAGAUAAAUGUGGAGGUGUAGCUAAACGGGACAGGAUUACUGAGAAGUUUAUUGCUAAGCUUGCUGGUUGGAAGAAGACUUUAUUGUCAAGAGCAUUGAAAUGGAGAGCUCUUAAUAGAAGGAAGAAAUUUGGUGGCCUUGGUAUUAAAAGUCUCAAACAAAUAAAUCAUGCUUUACUGUCAAAAUGGACUUGGAGAUUUGCAACUGAAGAUUCAGCUCUUUGGAGAAGUAUUGUUGCUGAGAAGUAUGGUGUUGAUGCAUCUCAGUGGAUUGUAAAACUGCAAAAUGUACUUAUGGCAGGUCCGUUUGGAGAUCUAUCAUGA